AUGUCUGAGGAACUCACCCUGCCACAAGUUGUUGACGAUCUCGAGGCCGUUCAGGACCUAAAACAAGCUGCAAAGGACAUCUUUUGCGGUACUGUAGGAGGUAUCGCCCAGGUCCUGGUGGGCCAACCGUUUGACAUAAUUAAAGUCCGGCUACAAACAUCGUCUGUGCCGACUACGGCGAUGGACACGGUCAAAAACCUAGUCAAAAAUGAAGGAGUGAUGGCGUUUUAUAAAGGUACGGCCGUACCACUGGUUGGCGUGGGAGCCUGCGUCUCUUGUCAAUUUGGUGUCAACGAAUCCAUGAAAAGAUACUUCCAUUCUCGCACUGGAGCCGUGGAGGGUGCCCAUCUGUCACUGGGCCAAUACUACGUGUGUGGAUUUGCAAGCGGGGCGGCCAACGCAUUGCUCGCCACUCCAAUCGAGCAUGUCCGUAUCAGAAUGCAGAUCCAGAAAAGCUCCAAGGGCGAAGGUCUAUACCGUAGUUCAUUGGACUGUGCCAGACAACUAAUCAAGCAAGGUGCUUUGAUGCACGGUUUCACUGCCACAGCUUUGAGAACUUCUCACGGUUUUGGUGUGUAUUUCUCCACAUACGAAGCUCUGAUAGCCAACCAAGAAAAACACGGCGUAGCCCGUCAAGAUAUUCCUGCUUGGAAAGUUUGCAUUUAUGGAGCGUUUUCUGGUGCCUUUUUCUGGUCUUUGACGUAUCCGUUUGAUGUGGUCAAGUCCGUUAUGCAAGCGGACGAUUUUAGAAAUCCGCGCUAUGGUAAGAAUGUUUGGUCCGUAGCUAAAAAGGUUUAUCAGGAGCGCGGAAUCAAAGCAUUCGGAAAGGGAUUUGCUCCAACCAUACUUCGCUCUUUACCAGUUAACGGUGCCACUUUCGCCGCUUUCGAGAUCUCGAUGCGGUUGAUAAGCUAG